CUGCCUGCAGUAAUCUGAACAACGGCUUUUACUGGCUGGAAUAUAUCGACCGGCUUCAGAUUUAGCAACUCAUUCCUAAAGCUUCCCUCCCUCCCUCUCUCUCUCUGUCAUCCUGUUUUCAUCCUUGCUCAGCAGUGUCAGUCCGCCUCCAGCUGAUGAGCGUAUUGGCAGCCGCAUCAUUCCGCCCUGCUGGGUUAUUGGACUCUGUUGGCGGCUUUUCCUGCCCCGUAUCGAAGCGGCCUCUGCCCGCAGCACUACAGUGUGUUAUCGGCCCCAUCCUCCCAGGGGGGGGGGGAUAGGAAGCCAGAUAGCAUGUUCUCAUCUUCGUCCAGAAACAGUCUGCUGUCGCCCUGGUCGUCCAUGGAGCAGUCCGACUCUGAAGUGCUGGACAUCAGCACCAAAGUGCAGCUGCACGGGGUGCUGUGGAAGAGGCCAUUUGGACGGCCAUCAGCCAAGUGGUCCCGCAGAUUCUUCAUCAUCAAAGACAGCUUCUUGCUUUACUAUGCAGAAAGUGAGAAGAAGAGCUUUGAGUCCAACAGGUACUUCAACAUCCACCCAAAGGGAGUCAUUCCUCUGGGGGGUUGUGUGGUGUCAGCCAAUGAGGACAUGGGGAUGCCAUUUGGCAUCGUGGUCAACCUUGAAGAUUUCACCGGGGCUGUCGUCCUGGCUGCUGAGGCUGAGGAGGAGCAGGCCCAGUGGAUAGAAAUGCUCCAGGAGUCCGGAAAAGUCACUUGGAAAAACUCCCAGCUUGGGGAGGCAAUGAUUGAGAGUUUGGAGGCACAGGGACUGCAGCUGGCCAAGGAGAAGCAAGAGUACCUGGACAAACUGAUGGAGGAGACAGAGGAGCUCAGUCAUCAAAGAGCACAGCGAGAGGAGCUGGAGCGUCUCAACCAGGUUCUGGAGGAAGAGAAAAUGAAGUUUGAGGAGGUGGUGCUUGAGCUGAAGGCAGAGCAGGAGCAGAUCAAACUAGAUCUGGAGGGCACAGCUCAGUCCCUGAAAGGUGUCGAGUGCGAAAAAGAAGAGCUGAGCAGCUUAACGGUUACGCUUCAGAAAUCCAUAGAGGAGCUCUCUCUGGAGAAACAGCGAAGGCUGGAGCUGCUGGGGGCCAAGGAGCACGAGGACGCGGAGGUGGAGGGGGCGGAGGGGGAGAGCUCCGAACCCACUUGCGGAGAAGGUGAGGACAAGGACCUCCUGCAGGACCUGCGACACAUCGAGGAGCAAAUGAGGAUCCUACUUAAGGAGAAGGAGCAGGCGGGUGAGAAGCUCUUGGAGAACGAGCAGCGGGCUAAAGUCCUGCAGCAGGAGAAAGAAUUCUACUCCACUCAGGCUCAGACGCUGCAGCAGUCGCUCUCCCAGCUCACGGUGGACAAACGUCAGACCGAGGCUGAGCUCAAGGUGGAGAUCCAGUCUCGGAUGGAGCUGGAGCAGAGGCUGAAGCAGGCCGAGGAGGCUCUGCAGGACCUAGAGAAAGGCCUGAACUCCCUGGAACGAACCAAAGAGCGAGAUGAGAAGAUGAAGGGGGAUGUGACACAGCUGAGGAAGUUCUUCGAGGAGUGUAUCUGUGCAGCAGAGAUCGAGGCAAAGCUCCCGGCUAUAAUGAAAAACGCGGUGUACCUUCACAAAGCUGCUGCACGGAGGAUCAAGAGUUGCCGCAUCCAAAGGAGAGCCUCCAAACGCCACUGGUUAAAACACUCCAAGUCGUUUGCUGUGGGCAGCACUGAGGAGGACAACAUGGAGGAGCUCCGGGCGACGGCCCGCAGACUCACCUCCGACAGCAGCUUCAGAGAGAGCGUGUAUAAGAUAAUCACCCGCAAGGACGCCGCAAACAAAACGCAGGACUGAGCCACAGUGUGGGAUGAAUGACUGUUUACGCUUAAGUUGAUGCUAAUACUAAAAGGCAAAAAAGAAAAACUAAAAAUGCAAAGGAAGCCGCAGCUGCUGACAGUGUUGUGUUAAAUGGUAGAAACUCUUCUGUAACCGACCGGUUUUUAUUCACUUUAUUUUGUGUCUGUAGCCAGCUGACAACAUGAUGUUUUUUUCACUGACUUGUCUCUGGAACUAGUUUCUUAAAUUGGAUUGUGCAUGAAAUGAAUUUUCAUGAAUGGUCGACAACGGAUUAGAAAAUAGUU